AUGGUGAACUUAUUGUCAAAUGAUGUUAUUUUACUAUCUGAAAAGCUCAGAAAUGAAGAUCCCGAGCAAUUUUACACAUUGGUCAAAAUGCAUUUGUCUUUUGUGUUAGAUUUGAAUACUGAUGAAUGUGAUAAUAAUACUGAGAAAAAAAGUAAAGCUGUCAAAUGGAAUUUACCUUUUACAAAAAAACAAAAAGUUAAUGAUAAAAACAGUUUGGAUGGUCCUCCUUUAACUUAUGAUUUCAUUACUCAAAUGAAACCGAUAAUUGAAUUUUUAAGGAAAGAAGAAAAUAUUUGUCAAGAAGGAAUCUUUAGGCGAAGUGGAAGAGUUACUCGACAACAAGAAUUGAAACUUUUACUUCAUCAAGGAAUUACCCUUAACUUUGAUGAAAACCAAUUUUCUGUUCAUGAAUGUGCUACAGUUUUAAAAAAUGUUUUAUCAGAAUUACCUGAAUCUGUUUUAACUGAUGCUCAGUACCCUGCAUAUUGCCAAAUUGCAGAACUUUGCAAUGUGAAAAAUCAUUCUUACAACGAAAGACUUUUAAGAGCGUUACAAUUAUUAAUUUUACUUUUACCAAAUGAAAAUAGAAUUUUUUUUAAAGAAAUAAUUGAACUUCUUAAUUUAGCUGUGGCUCAUGAGCAUAAAAAUAGAAUGUCAGCAGAAAAUUUAGCAACAUUAUUUACACCUCAUUUAUUGUGUCCGAGAAAACUAUCUCCUGAAGCUUUGCAUGUAAACUCUCAAGUCAUGUCUGGUGUUGUCGCAUUUAUGAUACAAAUGGGAUCUAAAAUAUUUGAUAUUCCUCCCACCGUAGCUACAGACGUUAAAGCUUAUUGGAAUAAAAAAGAAAAAAGAAUAAAUUCUCCAUUGAAACAGAUGAAUGAAAGCAUUUGUGAUGGAACUGCAGCUAACACAGUUUUUACAUUUGUCGAUCGAGAAAAAACAGCUGAAGAAAAUCGUACGAAUCCAACUGUAACUGCUUUGGCUCAACUUUAUGCUUACAUACAAGCAUUACCAGAAUCUUCGAAAAAGAGAAAAUUGAUAAAGCAGUUUAACAAAGAAAAUGGUUAUGGAACACCAUUGCGAAAUACAGUCAAUAAAAAACGUUUGAAACCUUUGAAUCUUGGUGACUCUAUAAAAAGUCCAGACUCAGGUAUGUGUUGUAAAAAAUUUACAAAAGAAGAAGAAGAAGAAGAACAAUUAUUAAUAAACGGUUCAGGGGCGUUAAAUAAUAAAUCUCCAUUAAGUACUAAAAUUAUACAUGCUAAAAAUGGCGAUACACGAAAAACUUUUUUGAAUGGAGAACAACAAAUUGUAAAAGUAUCGAAUAUAAAAAAUGAUUUUCAAUUAAACAAAGAAAUGUGUCAUCAUCAGGAAGGAUCAUCAGGUCACAAUCGGGAAAAAGAUUCUAGGGAAAAUUCUUUAGAAAAUACUCCUAAAUAUAAUUCGAAAAGAAGUUUGUCAUCCUUGUCAAAAGAUGACAUUAUUUUAAGCAAGACGUCUCGUUUAUCAGAAGAGAAAAAGUUUUCAGAAGGUUCUUCAUCAACGGGUGGUUCUGACGGAGGGAAUUUGAGUUUUGUGAGUAAUAAAAAUUAUGUUAAAUUCAAAUGCUUUAGUAAAAAUAAAUUAAACUCAUUGGAAAUGAGUACGAAGGAGGAAGAAGAAAAGAAGGAAGAGAGGGAUUUCGACGAUGAGUUUUCCGUUAGAAAAUUAAAUAAUUCAAAUGUUGUCAGUGGGACUAACAACAAUGAAGGGUUUUUGCAUUUUUCAAUUAACAAUAAUACUAACCGUUUACCAAUUUCAUAUUGUCCCAAGUCGACGUAUUUAAUGACGACGAGUACACCGGCGCCAACGAGCACUUGUUUUUUUACUCCAAAGGUUGAUAAGAAUAAUUCAAUGUCACCGAUAACAAAAUCUGCAAGGAGGAUGCCUAAGGCUAUGCAGGAGACGAUGAUGACGCCGAGAAGUCGAAAACCGGUUAUAUCACUUUCCGGAACGGAUCUUUGCAGUCUUGUUAAUUCGGAUUCUGGUGGUAUGGAUCUCGGCGAAUCCGAUGAAACGAAAUCGAAAAUUUUGAAUAAUAAAAUGGGGAAAAAACUUAUAAUGGAAGAAGAUUCGACGAACGAACGUGAUGGCGACUCGCUGUCUAGUCCCUUCAGAAAUUAUUUAUAUAGCAGAAGCGUAUUGACGGCAAGUCCGGUGGAUUUGAGUUUUUCAAGCAGAGCUGAUGAUUUUUUAUCUCUAACCGAUGAUGAUGAUGAUGAUGAUGAUGAUGAUAAUUCAUCAAAGGAAAAUUAUUACAAUCGGUUACCCGAAAUAAUAAAUAGGGGAGGUGGUGGUGGUGGUGGUGACUUAAGCGAAUCAUUACUUUAUUGUCUUGACGGUAAUGAACCCAACGAUGGACAUUUUGAUAAAAAUGAAAAGGAAUAUAAUUGCUCUUGUUCUUCUUCUUAUUCGGAUAGUUUGAACAGUCAAGUUUACGAAACGGCACUUUAA